ACCGUGUAGUCUAAUGUUUUUCCACUUGGCAGAAAGCGCUCAGAACACCAAGUUUACUGGCUUUAUUUUUGAUAACGGGAAAUGUUUUGUGAAACAUUAGAAGUGUCCGGACCGUUUCUGAUAUAUACGCUUACAGAGUACAUUUCGUAAAGGCGAGAAACUUGAGAGGGAGCCGAAAAAUGGCCGUUAGCCGCGUCCUUUGAAGUAUUUUUUUUUUUGUUGCUGUGAUCUUUUCCCCCCUCUAAGGAUUGGAGCCAUUAGAUGCAGAACGAGGAGCAGCCGCUUAUUCAGGUGAACAGCCUGAUGUUUUCUCCGAGUCAGGAGGAGACCUGUGCACCCACCAAAGAUCCGGUAAAGUACGGGGAACUCGUUGUUCUCGGGUACAAUGGAUCCCUCCCGAACGGAGACCGCGGAAGGAGGAGGAGCCGUUUCGCCCUCUACAAAAGAGUCAAGGCCAACGGCGUUAAACCGAGCACCGUACACAUCCUCAACAACCCGCAGGCCAGCAAGGCUGUAAACUGUAAGGGCCAGCACAGUAUCUCCUACACUCUGUCCAGAAACCAGACUGUGGUUGUAGAGUACAGCCAUGACAAAGACACGGACAUGUUCCAGAUUGGGCGCUCAACAGAGAGCCCCAUUGACUUUGUGGUGACCGACACAGUAUCUGGGGGCACAGACGGCGAGGACUCUCCCAUCACGCAGAGCACCAUCUCGCGCUUCGCCUGCCGGGUGGUGUGCGAACGCAACCCUCCAUACACUGCACGUAUCUACGCUGCAGGCUUCGACUCUUCCAAGAACAUCUUCCUAGGGGAGAAAGCAGCCAAAUGGAAGAAUCCAGAUGGCCAGAUGGACGGACUGACGACCAAUGGUGUGUUGGUGAUGCAUCCGCGUGGUGGCUUCACAGAAGAGUCCAAGCCUGGUGUGUGGCGAGAGAUAUCCGUGUGCGGAGAUGUAUAUACACUCAGAGAGACUCGCUCUGCCCAGACACGAGGCAAAUUGGUGGAUAGUGAGAGUAAUGUGCUGCAGGACGGUUCUCUGGUGGACCUGUGUGGUGCCACACUACUGUGGCGCACAGCUGAAGGGCUCUUUCACGCACCCACACAGAAACACCUGGAGGCACUUCGUCAGGAGUUAAAUGCUGCACGGCCCCAGUGUCCAGUGGGGCUGAACACCUUGGCUUUUCCCAGUAUGCAUCGCUCCAGCCGGGCACUGCCCAGUAUCGCCCAGCAGCAGGACAAGCAGCCCUGGGUUUACCUGGCAUGUGGGCACGUGCAUGGCUACCAUGAGUGGGGCCACAGCUCCGAGCGUGAACCUAAUGGCAAACGCGAGUGCCCCAUGUGCAGGACUGUGGGGCCCUACGUGCCUCUGUGGCUUGGCUGUGAACCAGCCUUCUAUGUGGACUCGGAAGCACCUACGCAUGCCUUCGUGCCUUGUGGUCAUGUCUGCUCAGAGAAGUCGGCCCGCUACUGGUCUGAAAUUCCCUUACCGCAUGGUACCCAUGCUUUCCACGCUGCGUGCCCAUUCUGUGCCACGCAGCUCAGUUUAACACAGGGAUGUGCUAAGCUCAUCUUCCAGGGCCCUGUAGACUGAGUGAGGAAGCUGAGGAUGCUGGUGCUGAUGCAUGAGGAUUGGUUUGAUUUAGAUGGAGCAGGGAUACGAGCUGUAAAAGGAAAAAAAACAGAACACAGCAAAGAACUGUUGAACACCACAAACCAUGAAGAUAUGCUCAUAUACUCAAAUUCUACUUCUACUGGAAACUUUAAUCUCCAUCACUGUAAUAUCAGAGUUACCUUGGAGGUGGCAGGACUACUGGCCUUGAAUAUGAAGCAGACUUGUUUUUUUAUUAUAAGCUGUUGAAUGUGUUGGCCCACAGGUAUUGUAUCCCAGCAGCCCUGUGAGAACACUUUCAGAUGCCCUUUUGAACAUUUCCUUGAUACACUGAUUUUUUUUAACUUUAUAAUGAAAGAAGCUGCUGGUGAGUGUAGUAGCCACCAAGUUAUAAUAAUAAUUCAGAUUUCAGUUUUUUGGGGGAUUAUUUUUCCAUUAAUCAACAGUCUAAUACAGUAUUACAAUUGACAGAAUUUAAUGAUUGACAAACAUUUGUUUUGUACCAAAAUUUAGUUUUCCAAAGAAAAUAAAAUGGCUGCUAAACCUGGACUAUUAAAAUAAACCCUUGAUGGACCCUGGGCAAAAAAUGGGUCACUCCCAGGCAUUUCUUGAUCAUGAGCAAAUUCUCAAAAUCGAUCGAAGGGGCGUCUCAUUUCUAGACAGUUAAUGUCUCUGACCUGUAAGAGUUUCCUCUGAUGUCUUUCCAGUCCAGGAAUUUUAUUGUACUGUAACUCGUGAAUUAUUUUUGUUGUUAGGUGAAGGAACAGUAUGCAGGUCGAGUUGGUUGGGAAUAUUUACAUCCCUGCAAGUCACAUCCAUACUGUAAAAGUUGCUUUAAACCAAAACCUAUAAACUUGGUGAUUUUGGAAAUGUAUCAGCUGUGAAACGAACAGGCUGCCGGCCAGUGAUCAGCCGGUUUCCCACUUCUUUUCGAUUCCAGGUUUCUCACCAGUGAACAUUCACAUACUAAUAGGAUGUGAUCAUGUUUAUAAUGUUGUUUUAAAAUUAAAGAAACUGGUCUUCUAUUUUCUUAACCUUUGUACAUAGAAAGAUUUUAGUUCUGGCAAUUGGGGGAUUUUUUUUUUUUUUAAACAGUGGUUUAAAUGAGAUAUUUUAAUCAGAAAUGGGGUUAUUGCAUUAAAAAAAACAUUAUAAAAGAUUUAAUUCAAAACUU